GGAAGGAGCCGCGCUCCGUUCCUCUGCGCCGGCUGGACCCCGCCGGGAGCCGACGCGCCCGCAGCGCCGAUGGGGCGGGCGGCGGAGCCGGGUACCUGAGCCGGAGCCCGGGGAAGAGCCAGAGCGGCGGCUGCCGGGCCCGCCGAUGGGGCAGAGCCGGAGGGGCACGACCGGGCGGGCGGCGGCCUGAGCCCCGGGGCCGGAGGCUCCGCCGAGCAGCGCCGGGGAGCAAAGUAUGCUGGGAGCGGUGAAAAUGGAAGGCCAUGAGCACACGGACUGGAGCAACUACUACGGGGAACCCGAGAGCUACUCCUCGGUGAGCAACAUGAACGCGGGGCUGGGCAUGAACAGCAUGAACACGUACAUGACCAUGUCGGCCAUGAGCACCACGGCCAACAUGACGGCCGCCACCUCCAUGAACAUGUCCUACGCCAACACGGGCAUGAGCCCCUCGCUCACCGGCAUGUCCCCGGGCGCGGGGGCCAUGCCCGGCAUGGGCUCGGCCGGCGUGGCGGGGAUGGGCACCCACCUGAGCCCCAGCAUGAGCCCCAUGGGAGGCCAGGCGGGCUCCAUGAACGCCCUGGCCCCCUACACCAACAUGAACUCCAUGAGCCCCAUCUACGGGCAAUCCAACCUCAACCGCUCGCGCGACCCCAAGACCUACCGGCGCAGCUACACGCACGCCAAGCCGCCCUACUCCUACAUCUCCCUCAUCACCAUGGCCAUCCAGCAGUCGCCCAACAAGAUGCUGACGCUGAGCGAGAUCUACCAGUGGAUCAUGGACCUCUUCCCCUUCUACCGCCAGAACCAGCAGCGCUGGCAGAACAGCAUCCGCCACUCGCUGUCCUUCAACGACUGCUUCCUCAAGGUGCCGCGCUCCCCGGACAAGCCGGGCAAAGGCUCCUUCUGGACGCUGCACCCCGAUUCGGGCAACAUGUUUGAGAACGGCUGUUACCUGCGCCGCCAGAAGCGCUUCAAGUGCGAGAAGCAGCUGGCGGCCAAGGACGGCGGCGGGGCGGGCGGUGGGGGCAAGAAGGGGCCCGGGCAGCCCCCCAGCCAGCCCCUGGGGGAAGGCAGCUCCUCGGGGGGUUCCGAGGGCUCUGCCGGCGCCGAGUCCCCGGCCAGCGCCUCGCCGUGCCAGGACCACAAGCGCGCCCUGGCCGACCUGAAGGGCACGGCGGGGCUGAGCCCCGGGGAACCGGCGGCCUCGCCGGCACAGCACCUCCUGGCCCCGCCGCAUGCCGGCCUGCCCCACGACGCCCACCUCAAGCCCGAGCACCACUACGCCUUCAACCACCCCUUCUCCAUCAACAACCUGAUGUCCUCGUCCGAGCAGCAGCACCACCACCCUCACCACCACCACCACCACCACCACAAAAUGGACCUGAAGGCCUACGAGCAGGUGAUGCACUACUCGGGCUACGCCUCGCCCAUGCCUGGCAGCCUGGCCAUGGGGCCCGUAACGAACAAAAACGGCUUAGAGUCCUCCCCUUUAGCCGGAGAGACUUCUUACUACCAAGGUGUGUAUUCCCGGCCCAUCAUGAACUCCUCCUAAAAGAGGCGAGGGGGAAAAAAACCUCCCCUGGCGAGGGGGGAAAGCUCCCCCCGCCGUGCCCCCCGUGCAGAUGGACUGUGGAGGCUGCCGAGCACGGUACAUAUACAUAUAUAUAUAUAUAUAUCUAUUUUGGGGUUGGGUGUUUUUUCUCCCUUUGGCUCCAGAUGUUUGCAUCCGUUGGGGAAACAGCAGCCGUCUGUCUCGCAAGCAUCCUCCCCCACGCGCUGCUCAUCCCCCUCCACGGCCGAGAGCCACCCGUGCCCGGGGAGGGGGUGUGUGUGGGGGGCUGCUGUUCCCUUAGUUUGCCUUGCAGGGUGGUUUGUUUUGGU